CCUUCGCGCUGAGCAGUCAAAGAAAGCGCGCGAGGAGGAGCAGAAGGGUUUACUGAAGAUGUCAACGAGGAAGAGCAGUAAUUCAGGGCAGACGCCUGAUAAGAGAAGCCGGUUAUCUCAGCCCGAGCCCUCUGAAGAGGAUGAAACGGGCUACUUCAGUUCAGGAGAUGUUAUGAGCACAUCACAGAGUGUCACAGGUGAAGUGGGCAGCAUAGAGAGUAUCUCUCUAAGGAACUUCAUGUGUCACUCGAUGCUUGGUCCCUUUGAAUUUGGUCCAAACGUCAACUUUGUCGUAGGAAACAAUGGAAGUGGAAAAAGUGCCGUGCUGACAGCUCUGAUUGUAGCCCUGGGCGGUAAAGCUCACACCACGAACAGAGACUCCUCACUCAAAGGAUUUGUGAAGGAAGGAGAGAGUUCUGCAGAUGUGUCCAUCACUCUGAGGAACAGGGGUCGUGAUGCGUAUAAGCCAGAAGUGUUUGGCCAGUCCAUCAUCGUAGAUGUUUGUAUCUCCAGCGAGGGAAUGCGGACAUAUAAACUAAGAAGUAAAACAGGUCGCUUAGUGUCAUCAAAAAAGGAAGAACUGAUCUCCAUUUUGGAUCACUUUAACAUCCAGGUGGACAAUCCGGUCUCUAUCCUAACUCAGGAAAUUAGUAAAGACUUACUCCACUCCAAAGGAGAGGGCGACAUAUAUAAAUUUUUCUUGAAGGCCACUCAGCUUGAUCAGAUGAAAGAAGAUUUGACCUACAUCAUGAAGACCAAGACCAUGACCCAGAAUACAGUGGAGAAGCACAGGGAGACUCUACAAGAGCUGAAGAGAAAGUACCAUGCGAAAGAAGAGCGCUAUAAAAGUCUGGCUUCACUUGAUGAAAUGCAGAAGAAGUUGGAUGAGCUGAAUAAUCAGAUGGCCUGGGCUCUGGUGGCAGAGGUGGAGCAGGAGAUCAAGCCAAUGAGAGAACGAAUCACAGCUGAAGAGAGGUCCACUGUCAGAUAUGACCAGAAGGUGGAAGAGUGGGAGGGGAAAGUUCAGGAGGCCAACAGGAUAUUGGGACUGUUGCAGGAUCAGCUGGAGGGUGUGACGCAGCGGAUGCAGCAGCUGCAGCCACAGUGCGCUGAACUGAAGAGUCGAGCCCAGGCGUGCAACCGAGAUCUCAAAGCCGCCGAGGCUAGUCUUCAUCGUAAAAAGACUAACUUGAGAGACCUUGAAAAGGAUAAAGAUCAGCUUAACAAGCGGAUCCGAGAACUCAAACACAGCAUAAGUCAGACGAAGUCAGCUGACACUCAUGCUCGUGUGGAGAAGUUGAAUCACAUUCAGGCUGAGCUGGAACAACUACUAGCUAAAGACAGACGGGGUAAAAUGAGUGCCUAUGAAGACCACAGGAAAGCCCAGGAAUGCUGUCGGAAACUUCAAGCAGAGCUGACAGAAUUGCAAAGUGUUGAGGAACCUCACUCAGAAGAUUUGAAACCUUUGGAAGAGGGCCUGGAGGAGCUCAGCAGCCGAAUAAGUGUUUGUCGAGAGGAAUUUGAAGCUGCGCGGAAUCAGGUGCUGACACACAAGAGGGAAUAUGAGGAGGCUGAGCAGCUCUCCCGGCAGCAGAGGGAAGCUUUUAACAGCAUCGCAGAGGAAGCUGAGCCGAUUAAGGAGCAAUUGAGCAACAGUGAUCAGGAGUUGGAGAGGAGUAAACAUCAUAAAAAACACUAUGAAGAGAAGCGGAAAGCCCAUGUGGACAUGAUUGAGACACUAAAGAAGAACUUGAAUGAGAAGGACCAGCUGUUACAGGCUUCCAUAGCGAGAGCCUUAGAAAUUUGCCCCGAGCGCUUGGAUGUGAGGAGAACAGCGAAGAGUUUGGACAGCGAGUUCAGCCGCCUCAGACACGAGAUCAACACACAGCAAGACCAACAAGGACACAGAGACACUAUCGUCAGGCAGUUCCAUGAGGCGAAGGAAAACUUCAAUAACAUAGACCGACAGGUCAAGGGUCUGGAGGCUAUCAUCUGCCAGUUAACUGAGAUCAUAAAGCCCAAACACAACGUCUACGCUGAACUGAGAAUGUAUCUUUCUGUACGCUGUAAGUACUACUUUGACUCAAUGCUGUCUCAGAGAGGAUACAUAGGGAAGAUGACCUUUGAUCAUAAGGAUGAGACUCUCUCCAUAUCAGUAAGACUUUGCAAGAUGAUAACAUCUUUGAUGUAG